AUGACAUCAUCCUCGCCGAAACACCAUGAGCUCCCCUCCGAACGAGAGGAGUUCCUCCGCCUGCUGCCCUCGCCGGCGUCCCCCUCAUCCGCUGCCGCAUCGAUCAAGCCGGCGGAACCCGACGAAGAGGAGGCGGCGUUCGAGGCCGUCGAGAAGAUCACGAUCGGUGACGGCACAUUCGAGGUGGACUCCGCGGAUUGCGCCGCGACGCCGCCGUUCUCUUUCCGGAAGCUGUGGCUGUUCACUGGGCCGGGGUUCCUGAUGAGCAUAGCGUUUCUGGAUCCGGGGAAUUUGGAAGGGGAUCUCCAGGCGGGGGCCAUAGCCGGCUACUCGCUGCUGUGGCUGCUGAUGUGGGCGACGGCGAUGGGCCUGCUGAUCCAGCUGCUGUCGGCGAGGGUUGGGGUGGCGACGGGGCGGCACCUGGCGGAGCUCUGCCGGGAGGUGUAUCCGUACUGGGCGGGGAUCGUGCUGUGGUUCAUGGCGGAGGUGGCCCUGAUCGGGGCGGAUAUUCAGGAGGUGAUUGGGAGCGCGAUCGCGAUCCAGAUUUUGAGCCGUGGCGUGCUGCCAAUUUGGGUUGGGGUUCUCAUUACUGCUUCUGAUUGGAUCAAUUUGGCACCAUAUACCUUCAAUUUGUUGCAAGUCACUUACUUUGGAUUAUUGGUUCCGAAACUCAGCUCGAGGACAAUACGCCAGGCAGUUGGGGUUGUGGGCUGUGUUAUAAUGCCCCACAAUGUAUUCCUACACUCAGCCUUGGUACAGUCGAGAGAAAUUGACCCAAACAAUAGAGUAAAAGUCCAAGAGGCCAUCAACUACUACUCCAUCGAGUCCUCGGCCGCACUCGCUAUCUCCUUUAUAAUUAACUUAUGCAUCACAGCUGUCUUUGCCAAGGGCUUUUACCGAAGUGCAGAGGCAAACAGUAUAGGGCUCGUGAAUGCAGGCCAGUAUCUCGAGGAGAAAUAUGGCGGAGGGCUUUUCCCAAUCCUCUACAUAUGGGGCAUAGGGUUAUUGGCGGCUGGGCAGAGUAGCACGAUUACCGGAACUUAUGCUGGGCAGUUCAUAAUGGGAGGUUUUCUCGAUUUACGGCUCAAGAAAUCGGUUAGGGCUUUGAUAACCCGGAGCUGUGCUAUUGUGCCGACUAUGGUGGUGGCUUUGCUUUUCAAUAAGUCUGAGUCGUCGCUGGAUGUGUUGAAUGAGUGGCUUAAUGUGCUGCAGUCGAUGCAGAUUCCUUUUGCGCUUAUUCCGCUUUUGACCCUGGUUUCGAAGGAGGAGGUGAUGGGAGUGUUUAAGAUUGGCCCCAUGCUUGAGAGGGCUGCUUGGACGGUAGCUGCACUAGUAAUGGUGAUUAAUGGAUAUCUUUUGCUCCAUUUUUUCGUCUCUGAAGUUAAUGGGCCAUUGUUCGGUUUCCUCAUCUCUGCUGGAACUGCAGCUUAUGUGGCAUUCGUGAUAUAUCUUGUUUCGCAUGGCAACAGCGAGCUUUCCAAUUGGAUAAGCCAAUUUGUACCUAAGAGAUCCACUUACUCUGGAAAUUAGAAGCUAUCAGUCGUCUGGCUGAGAAGUUUUGACUUUGACCGGUUAAAUCUGACAUGGCAAGUUACUGACCUCAAAGUAAAGGAGGAUCCUGCAGAGUUGGUUUUUUGACACUUUAAAGGGUGUAAUUGUAAAUUUAAAAGAUAUCCGGUAUCUUUUGAAUCAGGCUAAAUUUCAGGGGUCAAUUUGUAAAUAUCCCUUGAAUAAAAUUAUUGCAGAAAUUUUGAUCUCCCUUCAGAUAUGAAGGAUUGCCUUACCAAAACAGUCUGACAUCACGCUGAACUUGGGGACUUUUUACCUGUAGCUAAAUGGGCAAGGGCAGACUCAGGUGCUCAUCUGUUGCAGUGAACAUGAACUGGAUGUAAAAGAAGUUUCUUAGUUUGUUAAGUUUGUUUAAUUUAUGAUGCUUUUCAGUGCGUGCAGCUGCACAAUGUAUAUGUACUCAUUUAGACCAUUGAAAAUAUAUAUUCGUGCAGUUAAUUGUGUGAAAUACAAAGUUGGGUGAGGAAUGACGGGAAAUGUGACAGCUAUAAAAUUAAGACCAUUAACACAGACUACUAGAACAAAAAUAGCCUUCAAUUCAUUUUCUAUUUCAUCUGUACGAGUUGAAACUUGAAACCAUGAUAUUUGUGAUUGUACAUUUGCAUGUACUUAGAGCCACUCCAAUGCUGCUUUAGAAUAGCACAAAAAGCUGAAGUAGCGUGAAAAAAUAUCUCCAAGGCAGCGCUAUAUUUUAGCGCUAGAUCAGAUAAAUAAACAGUACUGCGCCAGUUCUAGCGCAGUACUGUAGCAGAACGUCAGA